AUAAAAUAAUAUACACGGGUCAGCGAGAUAUAAAAGACAUCCGCCAGUUCGUCGGAUACAGGGUUCAGCGAUGAAUACAACUCAGCUUGAAGUGUGUGUAGAGAACAAGAUAUCAGGCCAGAAUGAGUCCUCCGAUUCUCAACUUCCCCAGCCUUCAACCCGCCAUUGUUUGGAAGGUCAAUGCAGGCGCCGCUCACUCAGUUGGACGCCGUCAAAGUGGACCGACCCUGAUACAUUUUGAAACUCCCACCGGCACGGUCGAAACCGUGGAGGGCUUUGAGCCCCAACUCAAUGGCAAGAUCGUGUUUGGUGCUGACUGGCUUGAGUUCGAUCCGGACCAGAAACAUGCCCGUAUAAACAUGAAGGCCAUUGCCACGACCGACGACGGCAAGGAGAUCAGUUUUGGAUACACGGGAAUUAUUGAGCUCAAUGAGGCGGUGAUGAAGAUCUUUAAUCAGACGCCGGAUUCCGUGAGCGUUCCAUUCGGCUUCAGCACGGGUGCCCACUCCUUCUUCAGCGGCGAUCCCUCCUUGAAGGAACUGGAAAACAUGACCUUGGUGGGCAAUGGGCGAAUGCUAGUGGAUCCGGAGACUCGUGUGAUUACCGUCGAGUCUCGCCUCUCAAGGGUUGUUCCUGCUACGGGAUUCGAUUGA